AUCAUCGAUCACAACGGCUAUCGGCGAGGGGUCGGCAUCGUUGUUUGUGACGACCAAGGCAGGCUUCUGCUGGCCCGUCGCCGCGAUCACCGCGGCUGGCAAUUUCCUCAGGGCGGCGUCCGGCAGGGCGAACCACCGCGGGAAGCGAUGUACAGGGAACUCAAGGAAGAACUGGGCCUGGAUCCUUCUGAUGUCCGGGAAGUGGCGCGAAUGGGGAGCUGGGUAAGCUACAAGUUACCGGCGCGCCACCGCCGCGCGAGCUCACCCCGUUGUAUAGGGCAAAAGCAACUCUGGUGGCUGUUGCGCCUGUGCUCAAGCGAGGAGAGUAUUCGUCUCGAACAAUCCGAGAAGCCCGAGUUCGACGACUGGCAAUGGGUCGAUUACUGGCUUCCCCUGGAGAAGGUCGUGCUCUUCAAGCGAGAGGUUUACAGCCAGGUGCUGAGCGAGUUUCAGAACAGUGCCGGUCUGCGCGUGGCGGGCAAAUUACGGUAA